CGGGGAUGCAUUCAGCCCUCCCCUCCCCCAUGGGCCGCCCUUUCCCCCGCAUGGCCUGGGGACCUCCGUGCUUGGCUUCUCGUCUUACUGGCUCGUCCCUGCUCCGCCCCGCUUUCCGGUGAGCGUUCAUCCGGGGCAGACGCCUUCCAGCACGAUAAAAUCCGGCGGCCUGCCAGCGCGAUGUUAGCCAGCACCUCUCUGCUCUCCUCCUCAUCAACGACACGGACAUCCGACGACCGUAACGCGCCCACCAUGUCCACCUCGGAGGUCAAAAAGGCUGUAUCGGAGUUUGAGGACAUCGAGCACCAGCAGCCGGAGCUCGUCGGGAACGCCGGGGACGAGGAGUUCGGCGGCACGGAGGAACGCAAGAAGCUCGAGAAGAAGCUGCUCCGGAAGCUCGACCUGCGGUUGUCCAUCCUCAUUUUCAUUUACAUCCUCAACUAUAUUGACAGGAACAACGCGUCCGCUGCGAGAUUGCGUGGAUUCGAGGAUGACCUGCACCUGAAGGGACAGCAGUUCAACACGCUCCUGAGCAUUCUCUAUGUCGGGUACAUUCUCAUGCAGGUCCCUUCAAACAUGCUGCUCAACUACAUGGGCCGACCCUCCAUCUACCUGCCCUGCUGCAUGAUGGUCUGGGGCAUGAUAUCCUGCCUCACAGGAAUCACUACGAACUUCGUCGGUGCACUGAUGACAAGGUUCUUCCUCGGCUUCGUCGAGGCCGCGUUCUUCCCGGGAGCCCUCUUCCUCUUGUCCAAGUGGUACAAGCGCUCCGAGCUCGGCGUGCGUACCGCCGUGCUAUCGUGCGGCAGCCUCAUCAGCAAUGCAUUUGGAUCUCUGGUCGCCUCGGGCAUUCUAGACGGCAUGGAGGGCAAGCUCGGACAUGCGGCGUGGAGAUGGCUCUUCUUCAUCGAGGGCGCACUCACCAUCUUCGUCGCCGCCUGCGCGAUCUUCGUGCUGCCCGACUUCCCCUCGACGUCGCACGGGUGGCUCUCCCCGCUCGAGGUGCGCCUCGCGGAGCAGCGCAUGGUCGAAGACGUCGGCAUCUCGGACGAGAACGCGGACGCCGCGCAGACGAGCCAGGUCGCCGGGCUGCGCAUGGCGAUCACGGACUGGAAGGUGUGGUGCCUCGCGCUCGCGCUCACGAGCAUGGUCGUCUCGCUGUCGUUCAACGCGUUCUUCCCGACGCUGAGCGCGACGAUGGGCUAUUCGAGGACGGACACCCUCCUCCUGUGUGCGCCGCCGUGGGGGUUCGCGACCUUGGUUGCGUUUGCGGUGACGAGGCAUUCCGACAAGGCUGGAGAGCGGUUCUGGCACAUUGCCAUCCCGCUGGUGUUCGGUAUCGUAGGGUUCGUGAUCGCAGCGAGCACGAUGAACACCGCCGCCCGCUACGUUUCCCUGUUCCUGAUGGCCCAGUCGUACGCCGCGUUCAUCACCUUCCUCGCCUGGGUGAGCAACUCCAUCCCGCGACCACCCGCCAAGCGCGCCGUCGCACUCGCCUUCAUCAAUGCCUUCUCGCAGCUCGGGAACGUCGCCGGCUCAUACGUAUGGCCGACAGGCUGGGGCCCGUCCUACCGCUACUCGUACGCGAUUUGCAUCGCGACGAACGGGUUCUGCAUAGUGAUGUGCUACGUGUUCAAGCUGCAUCUGCAGCGGAUAAACAAGAGGUUUGAGAAGAAGGAACAGGAGGAGGGUCUGCCGAAAGGAUACCGUUACCUGCUAUGACCCUCUUCGGGCCUGACCCGGAGUCAGCACGAUGCGCGCAAGUUACGCGCGUUCUGUCCUACGCUGACAAAAAGUUGUACUACCAACGAUGUACUAGUAUUUAAUGAUAACUUACCAGUCUCCCAGGGAGCUGCCUAUGGCGCAGCCGCGUGCCGCGAGUUGAGAAUUUUGAU